GGGGGCUGGGGGGCGGUCUCAGACGCCGGGGUGCUUGCGGUGGGGGUGGGGAUCCCGGACGCCUGGGCUCUCUAGAGGGGAGCCCCGGACUCCUGGGCUCUCUGAUCGGACGCCUGGGGUGCCGGGGCCAGCGGCGCAGGACAGCCAGGCGGGGCGGGGUGGGAUGGGCCCGGGGCUGGCGGUGGUGCUGGCGCUGGGGGUGCUGGGGGCGCUGGGGCGGCCCCCCCCGGCCCCGCGGCGCCGCUGCCCCGCCGUCUGCAGCUGCGCCCGCGACAGCGCCCGGUGCGCGGAGGGGCGCGGGGUGCCCGUCGGCCUCGGCCCCGAGCUGGCUGCGCUGUCCUUGGUCCACUUCGAGAUCCCGGAGCUGGGCGAAGGCAGCUUCAUGGAGGCGCGGGGCCUGCAGCUGCUGCUGCUGACGCGCGGGGUCGUGGGGCUGAUCGCGGACGACGCCUUCGAGGGGCUGCUGCACCUGGAGUACCUGUUCAUCGAGCAAAACCGCGUGGGGGCGCUAGGCAGGAACGCGCUGCGCGGCCUCCGUGCCCUCGUGCACCUGUCCUUGGCUGACAACCAGCUGGAGACGCUGCCCCCGCACCUUUUCCGCGGGCUCCAUUCGCUGACCCACGUGGACCUGCGGGGCAACCCCCUGCGCUGUGACUGCGGCCUCCUGUGGCUGGUCAGGUGGCUGGUGGCCACUAACGCCAGCGCCGAGGUGGGGGAGUGCCACGCGCCACCCGCCCGUGCCCACCUGCCCCUGCGCCGUCUGCGCUCGCCUGACUUUGACUGCCUUGUGCCCGAGCUGGUGCCGUUCCAGGCAUUGCCAUUCCAGGCGCUGUCGGUGGAGCCGGUGCGGUUCCGCGGCGAGACGCUGGUGGCCGUGGCACAGCCCUUCGCCGGGCGCUGUGGCCUCCUGCACUGGGACCAGCUGGCUGGUGCCUUCCGCACCUAUGCCACCAUCAAUGCCACAUCGCCGGUGGCGUGCAAGCCGCUGGUGCUGGGGCGCCGCCUGGUGGUAGUGGUGGCACAGCUGCGCGGUGGCUCCCACGUCUGGAAGCUGGAGGGGGCAGAGCCAGCAGAGGAAGAAGCGGCGCCCGAGGAGGAGGGAGCAGGGCCGGGGGCACCCCCCGGGGCCCGCUUCGUGCGGCUGCAGGCUCUGGGUGGGGAUCUGCGGCGGCCCCACGAUGUGGAGGCCUUUCGUGUGGGGCCGGCCUGGUUCGUGGCCGUGGCUGACAGCUCCAAGGCCGGGGCCAGCACCGUGUACCGCUGGGAUCGGAGCCGGGGCCGGGGCGGGGGCUUCUACCCCCACCAAGCCCUGCCCGCUUGGCACCGGGACACAGAUGUGGAGGCGCUGGAGCUUGGUGGGCAGCCGGGCCUGAUUGUGGCAGCCGGGGCGCGGCGCCCAGUCGUGUAUCGCUGGGCUGGGACAGGUGCUGGCGCUCAGCUGCGCCGCCUCACUGACAUCCCGGCGCCUGAGGACGUCUAUGCCGUGCGCCACUUCCAGCCCCCCGGCAGCCCCGGGCAGCUCUAUGUCUGCCUCAGCCGCUACAUGGGCGAUGCCAAGGUGCUGCGCUGGGAGGGGUCGCUGUUUCGUGAGGUCCAGGCCGUUCCGGCACGAGGGUCGCUACUCUUCCAGCCACUGGUGCUGGGCGGGCGCCUCUAUGCCCUGCUGGGCAGCGAUGUGGCCUACAGCCGCCUAUACCGCUUCGACCCGAGUGCUGGACAGUUCGUGCCUGGCCAGGAGCUGGCGCCACCUGCACCCCGUGCCCUGGCACCCGUGCCCGUCGGCCCCCAUCACUUCGUCCUCAUCUCCAGCUUCACAGGCAACUCCCAGAUUUACCGCCACGUCCUCGUGGACCUCAGCGCCUAAGCCCGGAGCGGGACCUGCCACAGCCACUGGGGGGCAGGUCAGGGGCUGUAAUACUCCUCACGGUCACCAGCAGGCAGGUCAGGGGAUGUAGUACCCCACCACAGCCACUGGGGGGCAGAUCAGGGGCUGUAGUACCAGGGAGCAGGUUGGGGGCCAUAGUACCCUGCCAUGGCUGGGAGGAGGCAGGUUGGGGGACGUAGUACCCGCCACGGCCAUCAGGGGGCAGGUCGGGGGCUGUAAUACCCACCACGACCAUCAGGGGGCAGGUCGGCAGCUGCAAAAUACCCACCACAGCCACCAGGGGGCAAGAGAGGGGCUGUAAUACCCUGCCACAGCCACUCGGGGGCAGGAGAGUGGCAAGAAGGACCUGCCCUGGGCUCCAGAGGGCAGCAGGUGGGGUAAUACCACACCCUGUCAUGGGGCGGGAGGGGGUGGCAAAAGAGGAGGCUUCAUCAGCCCCCCCGGCCCCCAAAUAAUUUUAGGGCAUUUUCAACCCUUUUGGGGGAAAUUCCUGGAUUUAAACCCAUUUUCUCUUAGCUUUUUUUUUGUAACGCUUCAACUGGCUGUAUUUCAAUUAAACCAAAAAUGUUCAUUUUCUA